GCCGCUCUCUUCCCGCGCGGGCACUCCGGGAGAGGGGCGGGCCUGACAAGGCAUUGCUAAGCGACAAAGAUGCGCGCGGGGUCAGCCCGGUGAGGGAGCGGAGCUGGCGGAAGCCCCCAGGUAGCUGCGGGAUGGACCGCAGGUGAGACCGAUCCUUCUCCCGGGGACCGCAGGAGGCCUGGGGAGGACUUAGGGUGAGAUUAACACAGCGUCGGGUCAGGUUUGCUAGGGUCCGGAGUCUCUUUUUCAACCGCACUGGAACUACAACUCCCAAGAUGCUCCACAUCCUUUGGCAGCUCCAGCCCAGGACUUCACCAUCGGGGUCCCGUAGCGUCUUACGUUCCGCUUUCCAAGUGGCUCCAAGGGCUUUUCUUUUUCCUCUAGGGGUGUCCAGUGUCAUCUUGGGAGUUCAAUUUCUGAAUUUUAAAACUGCCCCCAGAUUCCGUCUGCCAAUUUUCUCCAUCCAAGACAGCCCCUUUGAGGAUACUCCCCUGGAUCAAAGCCACUACUGGCCAUCCCAAAGCCAGACCUGGCACCCCAAGACCCUGAGCCCAUCCAGGUCCCGGGGGUCCAGGCCCCCAGAAGCUCCCAAGGCUCUGACCACAGGUCCCAACUCCUCUGAACUGUUUGAAGAGUCCUGGCCGUCCAGCUCAGGAACCCCUUCCCCACCCAGCACCACUGAAGGACAGAUGGGAGCCUCCCAACCACCCACCCUGGUUGACAGCAGGGAGUCUGUGGUGGCCAAGUACAUAAACCGGUUCCGCCAGGCUCAGCCCACAAGCCGAGAGGAACGCCAGCCUGCAGGCCCAACCCCAGCUGACUUUUGGUGGCUACGGCCUGGAUCUCCAGACACCCUGAGUCAACUUGCAGCAGCAGGAGUCAGUGAACCAGAAGGAAGACCGAGCACAGCAGUCCCAACUCUUGCAAAGGUGGCCAGCGCAUCUCAGGCUAAGGCUGUGACUCCCCUUAAGGAAAUGAAGCAGAGCCUCAACACAUGGAACUCAUCCCUGCUGGACCUGGAGACACUGAGCCUGCAGAGCAGAGCUGCCAGGCUGCUCAAACGCAGCAAGGCCUCCAUUUCCUCCUCCUCACUCAGCCCUAGCGAUACCAGCAGCUCCUCAUUCCCCGUCAGCUCUGAUGGGCUCUCUCCCUUCUCCGCGACCUUCAUCCCUGACUCCAGCAAGGGCUCUGACCCCAAGGCACACGUAACACCAGCACCUGCCCCCAUCCCUGCUCCAGCCCCGGUCUCCUCCCAGGCACCCCUGCGUCCAGAGGAUGAUAUUCUAUACCAGUGGCGGCAGCGGCGGAAGCUUGAACGGGCUCGAGGAGGGCAGGGUGAUGGAACCUGGGUACUACCCCGGACUCCUUCCCUCACCACUCUAGUCCCUGCCCCCGUUUGUCUACAGGCCCUUCCUGCCCCUGCAGAGACCCUUGGCUCCCUGGGAACCCAGCCUACCUGUGUCCCACAUUGGGCCACUGUGGCCCGACCGGGGCCCCUGGAGGCCUUCUAUAUGGAGAGGCCUCCUAUUCCCCCAGGGUUCUCUCCACACAUCUUUUGGGGCCCCAGCCCCCAUGGGUUCUUCUGGGCCCCGCAGUCUGGUCCCUGGAUAUCUCUCGGGGCCAUUCCUCCCACGCCCUCUACCCUUGCGCCUCCGGCUGCCACCUCGGCACCCGCAGCCUCCACCCUCCCGCCCCCAGCCGCCCCCCAGGACCCGCCCACUCCUGUUCCAAGCUGCCGGGCGCAGCCCGAGAAGCAGGGCCCCAAGCCUCGGAGUAGGGGAGCCCCAGGCCCGGAGUCCUCUGGGACAGUCGUGGCAGCUGACGAGGGUCCUGGCCCGCAGCUCAGAGGCGCCCUGGGCCAAGUAGUAUCCGCUCGGCUCUUCCCGGACAGCCUGGAGGACACGCCCCCUCACCUUGAGGGCCCACCUCUGCCCAAGGCUGGAUCUCUGAAAGUCAAGGCCACACACCCCCAAACCAAGAUUGCGCCAUCUCGCUCAGAGGUCACUCCCCCUCUAUCUGGAUCACGAUUUCCCAAAGCACAGACUCCGCCAAAUCGGUCUAAAGCCGAGUCUCGGAAAGCUCAGGCCACGCUCCCCCUAGCGGUGUGGGAGCCUCGGAAAGACAAAGACACUCCCUUGGCUGAAGCUGGGUAUCAGCUGCCCAAGGUCCCGCCCCCUCCAGCUGAGGAGGCGUCCCCUGGCCCCGAGGCCCCGCCCCCUCCCUCCAAGGCGGGGCCUCUCGGGGAGGUGGCUACGCCCCCCACCGCUGCUGAGCACGCCCCCUCAGAAGAUCUGCUCUGCCAGGCUGCCCGACUUCUGGAGGCGGCAGAAGACUCUGACGGCAGCGAGUUCCAGGACGACCCGGUACUUCAGUUGCUAAGAGUUCAGAGGGCCGAGCUGAGACGGCAGAAAAGGGAAGUGGACGCCCAGCUAUCCCUCUUACUGGAGCACACUGAAGACUCAGGGACUUGGUCUCCUCCAACCAGGUCGCCCCCCAGGUCCCCAGGAAGGCGGCCGCAGAGGGGAGGAGCUUCUCUUGAGAACAGACGGCGCUGAGUUGUACAAGUUAUAUUUUUCCCAAUAAAAUUUU